ACCUAAACCUGAGUCCAGUCUUCCGUACUAGCCACUGUUUCUCCUUCACACAAGUAACCAAUACCACUCUGGGAUUCCUCUAACCUGGCAACACACUCUCACUGCGUGUUGCCGAAACUGUUGAACUAAGCUCAAUUUGAAGACCGUUUCGGCUGGACGAAUAGCUCGCCGCUGGUCAGAAAUGGACAUGGACAGUUUUCCCCUUCUGCCCCUGACGUUAAGAGCCCAGCCGGAGAGCAUGGUACCGAAGAGGGGAGAGUGGACCACCGGGCUGUGUGACUGGUGGCAAGACAUGGGGGACUGUUGCUGUGCCCUUUGGUGCCUGCCAGUGUUUGCCUGUAAGACCACCAGCGCCGUGGGGGCGUGUCCUUGCCUUCCCCUGCUGGACUGCAUCAGCUGUGUACCCCCAGCCUCCCUGGCCAUGAGAGCUUCUGUCAGGGAACUCUACAGCAUUGAGGGGGGAGUAUUGAGUGACUGUUUCUAUGGCUGCUGCUGCUACCCUCUCUCCUGGCUCCAGAUCUCACGUGAACUCAAGAGUCGAGCCGCUGGGGCCGCCAACACAAACUCCAGAAUCUCCUCCCCCUCUUUCUCUACCCACUCCUGGAACAGAUUCACCACCCUUUCCAACUCGCAGGGGGCACACUUGAUAUAGACAGAGCUAGGAAUAAAGUGACAUUGGUUCAGUUGUUCCCUGAGGCCAACAUGACUGGAAUAACAAUAAACAAAGUAGCUUGUUCUGAAUAUUUUAA